AUGCGCACCUUCCAAGUCCUCUUCUUAUUCCUCGCCAUUCUUGCCACCACCGCUACAGCGGACUCACAUGUCCAUGAAGACGUAGAAGGCCUUGUUGCUCGUGAUGCAUGGGAUGACGAUGCGUUGUUCGCCCGCAACGAUGCCCAGCUCGACGCCCGUGAUGACGACGAGUUGUAUGCUCGUGAUUGGGAGGAAUACAAGGACCAUCCCCUCGUCCGGGAGCUAAUUGACGUCGUCAAACGUGCUAGAGUGACCUCCUGCUACAACCACAGCCGUCUCACUGUCAGGACUGGAGGAUAUUACUACUGUGUCAACCGAAGCGGGGUUGGCUACUGUGCGAGGUCCCGGGGCCUGCAGGUAGAAAACGGCGAAUGCUUUGCGUGA